UGUAGCGAUAUGGCUCAGGCAGAUAGUCGUGGCAAAGAUGGCAGAUGGUCUCUUGAGGGAACCACAGCUCUUGUUACUGGUGGCUCCAAAGGAAUUGGGUAUGCUAUUGUGGAGGAAUUGGCAGCUCUUGGGGUGACCGUUCACACAUGCUCUCGAAAUAAAGCUGAUGUUAAUAAUUGCCUGCGUGUGUGGGAGACAAAGGGCUUCCGAGUCACUGGUUCAGUCUGUGACGUUUCUUCUCAAGCUCAAAGAGAGGAGCUUAUGAAGACUGUUUCUCAUCAAUUUAAUGGCAAACUCAAUAUCCUUAUAAAUAAUGUGGGAACCAACAUUCCCAAACCAACCCUAGAGGUGACAACUCAAGAUUUCUCAUUUCUCAUCGCUACCAACUUUGAAUCUGCUUACCACCUGAGCCAACUUGCGCAUCCUCUUCUGAAAGGAUCGGGAGCAGGAAGUAUUGUUCUCCUUUCUUCCAUUGGUGGAUUGUUGUCAUUAGGUGGUUCAUCCGUUUAUGGAGCAACUAAAGGAGCAAUAAACCAACUUACUAGAAGUUUGGCAUGUGAAUGGGCACGAGAUAAUAUCAGGACCAAUUGCGUUGCACCUGGGGCAACAAGAACUCCUUUAAUGGAGGAGGCUCUCAAUUCCAAAAACGCAGAACUUUCAAAUUCACGGACCCCUCUCGGACGACCUGCGGAGCCAGAGGAGAUAUCAUCCUUGGUGGCUUUUCUCUGUCUACCUGCAGCCUCUUACAUAACGGGACAAACAAUCUAUGCAGAUGGAGGGAUGUCUGCGUAUGGAUUUGAUCCCCAGAACAAUAUAUGA